CCUGCUCGAGCAAUUGACGACACCAAGCAAGCGGCGCUUCUAACAAAACCCCGACAGCCCUGCGCAAACCCUAAAUCAGCUUCCCCUCCUCGCUAUGCCUCCCUCGCCGCCUUGUUCUCGACGGUCGUAUACGUCGCCGCCUACCACGGAAGUGACCGCUCUGUUGUAUUCCGAUACUCAGGUUGUAUAGAGCUUGAAAAUAGGAGUGAGAAAAUGGAGAUAAAGUACUCAAUUGAUGAUAUCAUGGUCCAGGAUCCUCCAACAGAGGAGUUCUCUGCCUCGGACCUCACUUGGACCAAGUAUGGAAGCUUCGAGCAUCAUUUGGAUGAUGUUGCACUCAUUCCUUAUGAACGAGUUGAAGCCUUUAUCAACGGAGAAUGUUCAAUUGCUGAGCACCCUACUCGAUUCCAUAUUGAAAGAGGAAGAAAGAGAGAGAAGGGUAGCCUAAAGGAAUACAAAAAUGAUGAAUAUCUCCUAUACAGGCUAUACUGGUGUUCAUUUGGACCUGAGAACUAUGGCGAGGGAGGAACCAUAUUACCAAGCAGAAGAUAUAGGCUCAACACAAGAAAUCGUGCUGCCCGGCCACAAUCCAUGCGUGGUUGCACUUGCCAUUUUGCUGUCAAGCGCUUGUAUGCACGACCAUCGGUUGCUCUUAUCAUAUAUCAUGAGAGGAGACAUGUGAACAAAUCUGGUUUCAUAUGCCAUGGUCCUCUUGAUCGAGAUGCAAUUGGCCCAGGGGCUAAGAAAGUUCCCUACAUUUGCAGUGAAAUCCAACAACAGACCAUGUCCUUGAUUUAUCUUGGCAUCCCAGAAGAAAAUAUAUUGCAAGCUCAUAUAGAGGGUGUCCAACGUUAUUGUGGUCCAAAUGCAAGUGCAAAUAGUCUUGCCUCUCAGUAUGUCCAGAAGAUUGGAAUGAUCAUCAAGAGGUCCACACAUGAGCUAGAUUUGGAUGACCAAGCUAGUAUUCGCAUGUGGGUUGAGAGAAAUAAAAAAUCAGUGUUCUUCUACCAGGAUUCUUCAGAGACUGAUCCAUUCAUAUUGGGAAUCCAAACACAUUGGCAGUUGCAGCAGAUGAUUAGGUUCUGUCAUCAAAGCAUCUUAGCAUGUCACUCAUCGUUCGGCAUAAGCAAGCUCAAGUAUCCACUGCAUACACUCCUUGCUUUUGACUCCAGGCAACAUGCUUUACCUGUUGCUUGGGUCAUAACCCGAACUAUCACUAAGCAGGAUGUUGCUAAGUGGAUGAAAGCUCUCGUGGACAGGAUUCAUGCUGUUGAUUCAGCUUGGGGAAUUGGUGGGUUUAUUAUUGAUGAUCCAGCUUUAGAGAUGGAUCCCAUUAGGGAGAUCUUUUGCUGUCCCAUUCUCUUCUCUCUAUGGCGAAUUCGUAAAUCAUGGCUCAGGAAUGUGAUAAAGAAAUGUGGUCACAUUGAAGUUCAGCGAGAAAUAUUUAAACACUUGGGCAAGAUAAUAUACAGUAUAUGGACUAAAGACAAUCCUAUCGAUACCAUGGAAGAAUUAUUUCAGGAUUUCGUUGACCAGACCGCCUUCCUUCAGUAUUUCAAGGCAUUUUGGGUUCCAAAAAUUGAGAUGUGGCUUGGAACUGUUAAGAGUCUACCACUUGCUAGCCAGGAGGCCUGCAGUGCUAUCGAAGGAUAUCAUGUAAAGUUGAAGCUGAAAGUCUAUGAUGAUUCUCACCUUGAUGCGCUCCAACGGGUGGAUUGGUUAGUUCAUAAGCUAACAACUGAGCUUCAUUCUGGUUACUGGCUUGAUCUAUAUGCUGAUGAAAGUGGGUCCUUCAAAUCGGUCAAAGAGGACUAUAUAUAUUCCACUUCAUGGCAGAGGGCUAUGUUGAUUCCAGAUGAAGCUGUUACAUUUGAUGAUAAAGAGCAUCUCUUUGCUAAGGUUCAAAGCAAGAAUCACAGUGGUCAAGUGCGCACCAUCUGGAAUCCUGGGUCUGAGUUUGCUCACUGCGAUUGUUCGUGGUCAAUGCAAGGGAACCUAUGCAAGCACAUUAUAAAGGUUAACAUGCUCUGCCAACAUAAAAAAGAGUAUCAGCCUUCAAUGUCAUACCUCUCAUUUCAGGAUGUGUUACUCGAUCUUUGGAAGAGACCAAUGGAUGACUCACUCGCACUUGAUCUAUCUAAUGCGUGGGCUACUCAACUGCAGCACAAGACCCAGAGACUUGUGGAGCUUACUAUUACUGGUGAUAUCGCCAAAGUGACCAACAAAUUUCCCUUAAAAUGGGCGUGUAGGAAAAGUAGGACAUCAACUGGCAAACCAUCUAGCACUGUUGCUCUUUCUACCACCACCAAAGGAAAAAUUACGAAAAGAGUUACGGCUAAGAGGAAGAGUCGCAAGCGGAAGAGAAUCUAGGGUCAAUCAAUCCUCAUGACUUUUACAUUUCUUCAAAGUGAUGAGGCAAGUUAUACGAAAAAAACCGAGUGUUUUUGUUUCUUUUGAUAACCUUAGUUGAUUGAAUAUAUUGAAAAAGCAGUUGAAAUUCUUUAGAAAAUUAUUGCCCCAAUCAAUGCGGCAAAAGGACA